AUAUUAUCAAUUAUCUAAGGGAAAGUGGCUGUUGUCAAUUGAUUUGCAUUCUUUGAAACAUUAUUAUCAUGAUUGAAAAUAGUUGAUAUUCUCAGUUAUCGAAGGGAAAAGUGGCUAGUGUCAAUUGCUUUGCAUUCUUUUAAUUAUUAUUAUUAUUAUUUUUAUUAUUGAGAUGGAUAGAUAAUUUGCAGAAGUAGAGAGACUUGCCAGCAAGGAAAGCAGUGGUGCAUUUUCUUUAAUAAUAUCUCUUUCUAUCUAUAAUUAGGGAGGUAGAAAAGGCAGCAACCAAUCAAGACAGUUGGUGGCAUUUGAUAUAUAGGAUUAUAAAUAAAUAUAUAAGAUUAUAGGCUAUAGCUACUAUUCUCUGUUAUCCAGAAACAGUAGCUAGAGUCCAUUGCUUUGCAAACAUAGAUAAAUAGAUAAUUGCAAAAGUAGAGAAACUUGCCAGCAAGGAAAGCAGUGGUGGCAUUUUUCUUUAAUUAUAUCUAUAAUUAGGGAGGUAGAAAAGGUAGCAACCAAUUAAAGCAGUUGGCGGUAUUUUAUAUAUAAGUCUCUCUCUCUCUCUCUCUCUAUAUAUAUAUAUAUAUAUGAAUAUAAUAUCUAUAUAUAUAUGAGGGCUAUAGCUACUAUUCUCUAUUUUCCAGAAACAGUUGCUAGAAUCCAUUGCUUUGCAAAUAUAGAUAAAUAGAUAAUUGCAAAAGUAGAGAAACUUGCCAGUUGGUGGCAUUUUCAUUCAUAUAUAUAGAAUAUAUAGAAUAUAUAUAGAUAUAUAAUUUUGGAGGUAGGGAAGGUAGCAACCAAUCAAAGCAGUUAGUGGCAUUUUCCUUUAAGAUAUAAUAAACAGACAGAUAGAUAGAUAAAGAAGCUCAUAAGCAAGGCAGUAGUAGUAUUUUCCAAGAAGACAAGUGUGCAACCCUUUUUGCAGGGAAGGUUGAGAUCAAGGGAGCAGGUAUAUUUUCCGAGAAGUCAAACAAAUAACCCUUUUAAACAUAGAUUGAUAGAUAGAUAACGUAGAGAGCAAGGCAGUGGUGCCAUAUCCUAAGAAGAAUAACAAGAAACUCUUUCAAAGAGAGAUAAAUAAGGAACUUAGAGGGCAAGGCAGUAGUGCCAUUUUCUAAGAAUAAUAACAAGAAACCCUUUCAAAGAGAGAUAAAUAGGGAACUUAGAGGGCAAGGCAGAGGUGGCAUUUCCUAACAAGACGAGCAAGGAAGUAUUUCAAACAUAGAUCGAUAAAUAGGGAAGGUAGAGAGCAAGGUAGUGGUGUGGCAAAUCCAAAGACGACCAACAAGAAACUCUUUUUUAGAUAGGUAAUUUAGAGGGUAAGGGAGCAGUGGCAUUUCCUAAGAAGACGAGCAAGGAAGUCUUUAAACAUAGAUAGAUAGGAAAGGCAGAAGACAAGGCAUCCAGCCCAACCCACUUUUCACUUCCAAAACCCGGACGUUUCCAAAGAAGCACUGAAGCGCCUGCUUCACCUCUUGGUCCGAUCGAUCUGUGAGACUUCUUUUGGGGUGACAACAACAACACCACCAUGUUCAGCUGGCUGGGUCACGAUGACAAGCGGAGGAAGGACCCCGAAGUCUUCCAGACGGUGAGCGGUGGCCUCAAGAAGCUCUACAAGACCAAGCUGCUCCCGCUGGAGGAGUACUACAAGUUCCAUGAGUUCCACUCUCCGGCUCUGGAAGAUGCGGACUUUGACAACAAGCCCAUGGUGCUCCUAGUGGGGCAGUACUCCACGGGGAAGACCACCUUCAUCAGGUACCUCCUUGAGCAGGACUUCCCCGGGAUGCGCAUCGGUCCGGAGCCGACCACGGACUCCUUCAUUGCGGUGAUGCAGGGCGACGUGGAGGGCAUCGUUCCCGGGAACGCCCUGGUCGUGGACCCCAAGCGGCCCUUCCGGAAGCUCAACGCCUUCGGCAACGCCUUCCUCAACAGGUUUGUCUGUGCUCAGCUGCCGAACCCAGUGCUGGAGAGCAUCAGCGUCAUCGAUACGCCGGGGAUCCUUUCGGGGGAGAAACAGAGGAUCAGCCGAGGAUACGACUUUGCGGCGGUGUUGGAGUGGUUUGCGGAGCGCGUGGACCGCAUCAUCCUGCUCUUCGACGCCCACAAGCUGGACAUUUCGGACGAGUUCUCGGAGGUGAUCAAGGCCCUCAAGAACCACGAGGACAAGAUGCGGGUGGUGCUGAACAAGGCCGACCAGAUCGAGACCCAGCAGCUGAUGCGGGUCUACGGGGCGCUCAUGUGGUCGCUGGGCAAGAUCGUCAACACCCCCGAGGUGGUGCGCGUCUACAUCGGCUCCUUCUGGUCCCACCCGCUCCUCAUCCCUGACAACCGGAAGCUCUUCGAGGCCGAGGAGCAGGACCUCUUCCGGGACAUCCAGAGCCUGCCCCGCAACGCCGCCCUCCGCAAGCUCAACGACCUCAUCAAGCGUGCACGGCUGGCCAAGGUCCAUGCCUACAUCAUUAGCUCCUUAAAGAAGGAGAUGCCCUCGGUGUUCGGCAAAGACAACAAGAAGAAGGAGCUGGUGAACAAUUUGGGGGAGAUCUACGCCCGGAUUGAGCGGGAGCACCAGAUUUCCCCGGGGGACUUUCCGAACCUGAAGAAGAUGCAAGAGCAGUUGCAGGGCCAGGACUUCAGCAAGUUCCAGCCGCUGAAGCCGCGCCUGCUGGAGGCGGUGGAGGACAUGCUGGCGAGCGACAUCGCGGCGCUGAUGGUGCUGGUGCGGCAGGAGGAGGCGCAGCGCCCGGCGCAGAUGGUCAAGGGGGGCGCCUUUGAGGGUACACUGCAGGGCCCCUUCGGGCAGGGCUACGGGGAGGGGGCCGGCGAGGGCAUCGACGAGGCCCACUGGGUGGUGGCACGCGACAAGCCCAUGUACGACGAGAUCUUCUACACGCUCUCGCCUGUGGACGGCCGGGUGAGCGGGGCCAACGCCAAGAAGGAGAUGGUGCGCUCCAAGCUGCCCAACACCGUCCUGGGCAAGAUCUGGAAGCUCUCCGACAUCGACAAGGACGGCAUGCUGGACGAUGAGGAGUUCGCCCUGGCCAACCACCUCAUCAAGGUCAAGCUGGAAGGCCACGAGCUGCCCAACGAGCUGCCCCCACACCUGGUCCCGCCCUCCAAGCGCAAGAUGGCCGAGUGACACCACGAUUGACAGGCCAGGUCAUCUGUUGAGAUGGACGGACUUCCAGCCAGGGCUUUAUAUAUGCAACAGACUCUUCCCUGGCUCCCUCUUUGAAGCCCUAGAAGGACAUGCAUUGUUGACAUAACUUUCACCGCCGUCGAUACCAUGACAAUAAUGGGAGGUGUGGUUCCGCCUUGUAUAAUGAAUGCAGUUUGAUACCACUUUGAACCACCAUGGCUCAAUGCUAUGGAAUUUGGGAGUUGUAGUUUGGCACGGCCCUUUAGCCUUUUCAUCCUGGAGGUUUGGGUCAAGGGUGCAAACGCCGUUGUGAUCAUUCCCGUUGUGUUUCUGUAAUGGAGGAUCUGCACUGCAGACUUAAUUGUCAGACUGUAGGAUCUAUAUAGCAAUAUUAAAUAACCACUCACAA